CCCUUUAAAUUGGAGACAGAGACCCAAAAUGGAGAAAUUUAUCUAACCCUUUAAAUUGAUCGUUUAAAAAACAAUUCUUUAAGACUGAGAACAGAUGUAAAAGUGUGCUGAGUGAAGAGUAAGAACGAUGGUUAAAAAUUGAUAAUCUAGUCGGUGUUGUGAAGUGCGAAAAUGGGUAGUUGGUGUUUGCGAGUGCCACUGUUUCCUAUGCUCAAAAAAUCUGUCUUUACAUUCACACCAGCUAUGGGGAAGAGGAGGAGGACACGGUUUGAGUUCCAUUGUUGCUGUUAUUGUUCGUCUUCCCAGUCAUGGCAGCCUUCUCGCAAGAAAAAGGUCGCUAUGCGCGUUGCCUACGUUGGCACCAAUUACCGAGGUCUCCAAAUGCAAACCGAUCAACAUUCAAUCUCCACUAUUGAGAAAGAACUUGAAACUGCUAUAUUCAAGGCUGGUGGCAUUCGUGAAAGUAAUUUUGGGGAUCUGCAGAAGAUUAGAUGGGCCAGAAGCAGUCGGACUGACAAAGGAGUUCACUCUCUUGCAACCAUCAUUUCCUUUAAAAUGGAAAUCCCAGAAAAUGCUUGGAAUGGAGACCCUUAUGGUUUUUCCCUUGCAAAUUAUGUUAAUUCUCAUCUUCCCUGGGAUAUCAAAGUUUUGAGCAUUUUGCCCUCACAGAGGAGCUUUGGUCCCAGGAAGGAAUGUGUUUUUCGGAAGUAUUCCUACCUUCUCCCUGCUGAUAUUAUUGGUAUUAAAAGCCAUUCCAGCAAUGAUGAAAUUGACUACCACAUAUCAGAGUUCAAUGAUAUUCUUAAUGUAUUUGAGGGGGAACAUCCUUUCCAUAAUUAUACAGCUCGGUCCAAGUACAGGAAAAAUUUUCCUCAUAGGCAGUCAUCACCAAAGAGUGACAAAUCAGAAAGUGAGAGUUUGUUACCAUAUGCAUCUGACUGUGAGUACAGUGACGGGGAAGAAAAUUCUGAAAUUGAUGAGGCAAUUACAGAGAAUAUAGCGUGCCAAAGUAAAAACUGUUCUGAAACUCGUCAUUUUGGUGAGCCUGUUGUUGGCUCUAGCAAUAAGAAUGGAAAUGGUUUGCUUGAUCAAGAUUCUAAAUUGGUUGCUCGUGCAAGAUGGUUAUAUGAACCUGAUGAAACAGACAGAUUAAGUGCUUCCCAUUUCAGAAAAGUUUUUCAGUGUUCUUGUGGAAAGCUGAAAACAUCACUGGGAUAUAAUUACAUAGAAAUCUCAAUAGAGGGAGAGUCCUUCAUGCUGCAUCAGAUAAGAAAAAUGGUUGGGACAGCCGUGGCAGUGAAGCGCAAGUUACUGCCAAAAGACAUUAUAAAGCUGUCACUGGCAAGGUUCUCGCGGAUUAUUCUUCCCCUUGCACCUUCAGAAGUUCUAAUAUUAUCAGGAAACAGAUUCUCAAUUAGAACACGACCAGGCAAUGUAACAAGGCCUGAAAUGCGGACAAUAGUUGAAUCAGAAGAAAUUAAUAAGGCAGUUGACGAAUUUUACUCAUCAGUUAUGCUACCUCAAGUUUCAAAAUUUUUGGACCCAUCAAGAUCUCCUUGGGAAGAAUGGAUUGAGAAACUGGAUGCUCACACAAGCAUACCAAAUGAUCAGUUGGAUGACGUCAGGAAGGCUUGGAAUUUGUUAAAAGAAAAUUUGGAAAAUACUAUUAAGCACUCAUCCGUGGUGAGUGAAGGAAAAAAGGUUUGAAGGGUAAAUAGAAUUUGGAAUUUAUUCAUCCUACCUGGCCUUGGAUUUAUCAAUGGACAAUCAUGCUUUCUCAAUGCUUGGAAUUAUGGAAGAAUUUGGCUUGAAAGAUGUGUUUUAAUUAACUGGCUUGAAUGGCCUGCCGCAUUUGGAAAUGAUUCUUCAGGAAUUCAUCAAAUUGAACAUCCAAGCAAAGAUAUGAUAACUUUAGAGGCUGACAAAAUUCACUAGUCAACAUUAACUUAAGCUACAGCUUCCACAAACACCUACAGACAAUAGUGAUUUUGUAGGCUUUGUAUUUGCUACGGGCAAUCAUUUACUGUCUGAAAUGGACGUAUACAUUCCAUAUCGCAUUGUCAUUCUUACAGUCUCACUGUAUGCUUAAAAUAUACCAUAGAUUGUGUGAUAUAUACUAAUUUUUGGGCUCAGAUAAACCUUUCUGGUUUUUGUUUAUUUACUUAUUUAUUAUGAGAGUAGUAUAAACAAGAAAGUUCAAUUUGAACUUGCUUUUCCAGAAUUCCUGGUAGUAUGUAAGUUCUUUUAUGAUCUCCAGUGGUAAAUGAUGCUAAUGAAAUUAAACAUAUACUAGUAUAAGUUAUAGCAUCUGAUUAUGGUAUGG